CGAGCAUCCUGAACUCUGCUGCUGCUGCUGCUGCUGCUGCUGCUGCUCACUGGGACUUUAAAACUCACGCCCUGGAGCUCAGCCGAGCCAAAAACACACCACAGAAGAAGAGUUUGACUUUGACAGGAGCGAAGAUUUUUCUGCAACAGGUGAAAUAUGAUGAGGUGGAUCGUGUUGCUGUCUGUGUGUCUACAUGUCAUCUCUGCGACGUUUGAUUACAUCUAUGAGGAGCACUCCUUUAUGGACCCGGAGGAUGUGCUGAGUGUGAGCAUUCCUCUGGAGGAACCACAGCGACCUCUACUGGGAGCAACUAUCGUACUGCCAUGUUACUUUGAGGACCACACUGUCCCAGACCCCGGAGCCCCCACCAUCGCUCCCCUCGCUCAUCGCAUCAAAUGGAGCCUCGUCACCAAAGAAAAAGUCACGACUAUCCUGGUGGCCUUGGAAGGAGAGGUGCGCAUCAGCGAGAGCUACCUGGACAGAGUUCACCUGGUGGGAUACCCCAUGACCUCUACAGACGCCAGUAUCAAGAUAUCUGAGCUGAGGUCCAGUGACUCGGGGGCCUUCCGCUGUGAGGUUCAGCACGGCAUCGAGGACAGCCAUGACACCGUCCACGUGCAGGUUCAAGGUAUUGUGUUCCACUACCGGGCCAUCAUGGGACGCUACAGUUUGACUUUUGAGAAGGCGACAGCAGCAUGUGCACAGAACAAUGCGGUCAUGGCUUCACCUGAGCAGCUUCAAGCAGCCUACGAUGAUGGAUUCCACCAGUGUGACGCCGGCUGGCUGUCUGACCACACAGUCAGGUACCCGAUCCGUGAUCCGCGUGUGAACUGCUAUGGUGACAAAGAGGAUCUGCCCGGGGUCAGGACGUAUGGAGUGAGAGACCUCAAUGAGACGUAUGAUGUCUACUGCUUCGCUGAGAAGAUGACAGGCAGAGUUUUCUACACCGCCUCAGCAGAAAAGUUCACUUUCUCUGAAGCCGUGGUGGCCUGCUCCAAUCAGGGAGCUCAGCUAGCCACCACAGGUCAGCUCUACCUGGCCUGGCAGGGCGGGAUGGACGUCUGUAACGCCGGCUGGCUGGGAGACAGGAGUGUCCGCUACCCCAUCAACAUCCGUCGGCCGCAGUGUGGAGGGGGGCUGCUGGGGGUGCGAACUGUUUACCUCCACACCAACCAGACAGGAUACCCACUUCCUGAAUCCCGCUAUGACGCCUUCUGCUACACAGAGUCCCCUGAUGAGGAAGGUUCGGGCAUCAUAGAGGAAGGAAGUGGCGUGCUGAGUGUUACGGCGGUGACGCAGAGCCCAGAGGUAUUCUUCAGGAGGACGACCACAGAGAGCGAGGCGAUCGGAGAGGUGGAGACUCAGCAGCCGACGGUGGUGGACUUCACCUACACAGAGAGCCCUACUGAGCUGCCGCUGCCUCAGCCACCAAACGUCACUGAGAUCAUCACUGACCUGAUCGAGGCAGCCACCGCCCGGCCCGACACAGGCAGAGAGCUCAGCAGAGCCUUUGUGAUUCCUCCCACUGGUGUGGUCUUCCAUUACCGCUCAGGUUCAGGCCGUUAUGCCUUCACCUUCGUGGAGGCCCAGCUGGCCUGUCAGAGUGUCGGAGCCUCCAUGGCCACGCCAGAGCAGCUGCAGGCGGCAUAUAAGGCUGGAUAUCACCAGUGUGACGCAGGAUGGUUACUGGACCAGACUGUAAGGUAUCCCAUUGUUUCACCUCGAGAGAAGUGUGCUGGAGAUCUGGGUGAGCAACCUGGAGUUCGGUCCUACGGUUUGAGGCCAGCAGAUGAGAGAUAUGAUGUGUACUGUUACAUCGAUGGGCUCAAAGGUGAGGUUUUCCAUGUGGGCUCUGCUGAGGGUUUCACCUAUGAUGAGGCUGCUUCCAGUUGUCACGAGCAGAAUGCUGUACUGGCCUCCCCUGGAGAGCUCUACGUAGCCUGGAAAAUGGGCUUUGACAAGUGCCGCGCCGGCUGGCUAGUGGAUGGCAGCGUCCGCUAUCCUAUCAACAACCCUCGCACUGAGUGUGGGUCCGGGAGAUCAGGAGUGCACACUGUGCACGCUCACAACAACCAGACAGGCUUCCCUGGGCUUAACGACACAUUUGAUGCGUACUGUUUCAGAGCUGAUAUUCAGCUUAUUGCAAAUGAAACUGGACUGAACAUCACGGAUAUCGAGGAGGCUCUCCUUAACUUAACAUCAAUUACUGAUUUGUUGAGACCCGCUGUUCCUUCCAUCGUCUCACCCAUCCCUGUGGAGACUUCGGGAUCUGGCUCAGGCUCUGCAGACUUUGGCUCAGGCUCUGCGGUUGAUGGUUUCUCUGGAGGUCCUUCUGGAGACUUGUCUGGUUCUGGAGACGGGGUAAUAUCUGGAGACCUGUCAGGUUCUGGAGAUCUAUCUGGCUCUGGAGACGGGGUUAUUUCUGGGGACUUGUCUGGUUCUGGGGACUUGUCUGCCUCUGGAGACCUGGCCGGCAGUGCAAGUGCUGAGCUGCCCAGUGGAUCAUCAGGUCUCGACAGCGCAGAUGCUUCUGGAUCAGCUCUCAGUGGAGAAGGAUCCGGCAUCACUGUUGUUUUUUCAGGCAUCGACAGCAUUGUCUCUGGAGAGGGCUCCGCUUCAGGAGGAUUCCAAGAAGCUGGAGAGGGAAGCGCAGAGAUCCUUAUCUUCCCCUCAUCUGGAGCAGGCUCUGGAGUUCUCAGUGGUAGCGGGGACCUGUCUGGAUCUGGUUUCGGCUCUGCAGAGAGCGGCUCCUCCACAGACAGCUCUGGGGGAAGUGGACAGUUCGUGGACUUUUCUGGGUUCAGUGGUUUCCCAUCAGGAUUCUCCUCAGGAAGUGCCAGCGGACAGUCAGGAGACCUUUCAGAAAGUGGAGACACUCGGAUCUUAUUGAUAGAUGGUGAACUGAUCGAUGCAUCGUCCACCCCUACCACCCAUAGGGAGUACGAGCUUGGUGGAGGCCAACUGGCAUUCAGUGGCUCUGGAGACUUUUCUGGAUCUGGGUUUCCCAGUGGCGAUCUCAGCGGUUCAGCCUCUGGAAGUGGUUUUGGGUUCACCUCAGGUGUGACCUUUGUUGGGUCAGGGUUAACUGAGCUUACAGUGUCAUCCUCUGGAGAGCAGGAGGCCUCUGGGUUUUUACUCUACAGCUCCGGACAGGGAAGUGGUACACAUUUGUCCGGAUUUGGAAGCGAAACUUUCAUCUCUGGGUCUGGAUCAGGAAUGUCUGGAUCUGAGUCCUCAGCGAGCGGAGAAGAAGGUAGUGUUACGUUCUUGAGCGGGGAUUUUUUGACAGAGGCAUUUGGAGAUGCUACACUGUCUAUGGAGCUUGGACAGGGGUCAGUAGAGUACAGUGGAGAAGGAAGUGGUAGCAGCAGUGGCUUCUACUCUGGCAGCGGAGACACAUACUCAUCCACAGCCAGUGGCUUUUCUUCAGGCACUUCCUCUGGAGAUCUGCCACAGGUGGUGCUGUCCUCUCCAUCCAGUGAGUGGGCACCGACAGAGAGCACCGCAGGAGCAGAAGAGGCCCGUAGUGGUGACAUCUAUGGGACUCCUCACCCUGUGCUCGCUCCUGCAGGACUGGCUGCUCCUCCCACUGCAGCUUCACCAGCCUCUGUACAGACACCAGGCACUGCUGAAGGAACUCAUUCAGUGGAGGGUGGUUUAAACCCAUGUGAGCCCAGCCCCUGUGGUGCUGCCUCAUGCACAGUAGAGGAUGGUGUUGCUGUCUGCCACGAGGUAGAUGUGUGCCAUCCCAACCCUUGUGCCAAUGGAGCCACCUGUGUGGAGAGUGCAGACUCUUACAAAUGCUUAUGCCUGCCCAGCUAUGGAGGGGAACGCUGUGAGAUCGAUGAGCAGCAGUGUGAAGACGGUUGGACUAAGUUUCAGGGGAACUGCUACCUGCACUUCUCUGACAGAGAGGUGUGGCUGGACGCAGAGCAGCGCUGCCGGGACCUGAACGCCCACCUGGUCAGCAUCAUCACCCCUGAGGAGCAGGACUUUGUCAACUCUAACGCACAGGACUACCAGUGGAUCGGGCUGAAUGAUAAGACAGUAGAGAAUGACUUCCGCUGGACAGAUGGCACUCCUCUGCAAUACGAGAACUGGAGGCCGAACCAGCCGGAUAAUUACUUCAACUCUGGAGAAGACUGUGUGGUGAUGAUCUGGCACGAGAAUGGCCAGUGGAACGACGUGCCCUGCAACUACCACCUGCCGUUUACCUGCAAGAAAGGCCCAGUGUCCUGUGGCUCCCCGCCAGAGGUGGAGAAUGCCCACAUGUUUGGUAACAAGAGGGAGGAAUACCCUGUCAACUCCAUCAUCAGGUAUCAGUGCAACCCAGGGUUCACACAGCGCCACCCUCCUGUGGUUCGCUGUAAAGCAGACGGACAGUGGGAGAAACCUCAGGUGGAAUGUACUGACGUGAAAGCCAGAAGAAGACGACAGCGGAGGAGCAGCAGGAGUCCAGGAGCCAGCAGCAAGGAGAUGCAUCUUCCAUUUUAGUGAAGAUGAUUUGAAGGGUUAAACUGUUGGAAGGCUUCGUCAUGGUCCCAACCCCUGUCCCACAUAAUAUAUUUUAAUUAUAUAUAAUAAUUUUAUUGCUCUGAGUUUGUUUUUAUCAUGUGUAUUGUAAUAUAAUUGUGUUUGGUGAAAUCAUCGCUGGGACUGUUUGUUCCACAUGAGUUUUAUAGAAGGCAGCAUCUGUCUGGUUCACUGUCGUCUGCUGGAGAUGGUUGGUGGACGUUAACACGUUAGGAUCUGCUGUCAGACGGGUUUAUGAUGUGAGACGUCAAGUUAUAUGUUUGCAUAGUUUAUCAUUAUAUCUGACAGCAGGGGGAGAUGCUCCUUUGGUGAAGGUAAAGGAAAUUACUGGUGUUUUUAAAGUUCACAUCAGUCAUCCCAGUGCCCCAUGGCUUCAGUUCUUCCUGCUGGUUUCUGAAAUCAGUCAGCAUAGUUAAAAGGAUCAUUUUUCCUCCUUAGAUGAAGCUGUUUUCUGUCGUUUCUUCCUGUAAUACAGCAUGAAAUACAACUUCCACAGUGCGAGACAAUCCUUUACAGGAAACAAGAACAGCCGUGCUUGCAAUUUGUUUUUCUUGUAAAUACCGUUAUCCCAAAAUCACAAGUUAAUUAUUUUGUUAUCGUGAGAAAACAGGCUUUGUUAUCUUAAAAAAAACAGGAUAGUCAGCCCCUGCUCAUGAGAAAACAAAAGGUUGUUUCCUCUUAUUAUUUAUAGGGCCCUGUCUUACACUCAGUGCAAAGUCACACACAGCACAGCGCAUCAUUGCUAGUUUCAGACCGACACAGGUGUCAUUUUCACGGCCAGCACCCACGCUGUAUAAAAAACAAAUGAAUUUGUGCCCAUCUGUGUGUCAAUAAGCGUGUAGGUCUUAAAAUGAGGUGUGCUCAGGAACAUUGUUGGUGUGUUGCUGUAUUGAAGGAGCAGAAAAUGACUGAUCCAUUGACCAACAAAAACCUGAUCUUAAGUCAGAACAGUGCAGCAUUUUCCUGCUAUUUAAAAGGCGCUUUAUUCAGAUAGUAAGAAGCUCUUACAGAGGCAGGUUCACAACACACAUACACUCUGCUUGUUACAUACUUGUUACGCAUGGAUGAAAUGAUACAUCAAUAAUGAUGUAAAUGGAAAAAAGUAAUUGCAAGCACAGCCGUUCUCAGCUUCUGUAUAAUGCAGGAAACACUGUUAAAACUUUGACAUUUGAGAAACGCCCAGAGGAAUCCAUCUUUAAGAUUAUUGGAUGUGAUAAAGAUUAUUUCACACCUCUUAAGUGGUUUUAUUGGCCAUUAUAUUGAGUCAAAAUAACCUCCCUAGAUGAGUGGAAACAAGAGCAGCUCAGUUGGCAUUGCACUUUUCUGCAAACCAAAAAUACGUUUGCAGGUUUCAUAUGUAUCAUAGCGACUCAUUGCUGUGUUUUCGGCUGUUUAUUAGGCACCAAUUGGUGGUGCUUCUCAGGGACCCAUGGCUGUUCUUUUACAGUGGGGACAGUGCCAUAAAAUGCAGUUGUUUUUCACAGAGACAUUGCAGCAUUUCCCGGAAGGAUUUUGUCCUAAAAAAUGGGUACUUUAAGACAAAACAUGAGCUUUUUCUAACAUUAACCGAAUGCUUUUAACCAAAGUGUUGGCUAAAAGUAAAGGAACAUAGUUUUACCUGCAGCAUAAUAACAAACAAAUUUAUACGUGGUUUGCAGAAACGUACAGUGCCAGAAUUUUUCUGGGCAGCUGGGUUGCGUCUGUUACAGUAAACAGUGGUUGAAAGCAGAGACUUUUGGUCAACGUGAACACAAAACCUUUUAUUUAUUGACUUCACACAGAGUCUCUGCUGGACUGAGCCAGCUGUUGUUAAACACUAUAAUGUUCAGUCCUGUUAUGAGACGACAGCAGCAUCAGACACACAGCAGGCUGAAUAAACUUCUUCUAACUCCAUUUCUCAUAUUUAAUCUGCAGACGAUCAAGUGAAACUUCUUGUGACCCCUCAGUUUGUCAUGUCGGCUGGUUUGAGUUUUCUGUGUGUUUUAGUUGUCAUCAUCUUCCACGAGGCUGUGCGGUGCACAGUGUGUCUGUGGGACAGUUUAAUGAAGCUUCAUGUUUGUAUCCUCAGAGGAAAUAACCUCACUGUAAAACAUUACAGUGUGAAACGCCUGAUGUUGUUGUUGACUGCUUUCAUUUGUGCACUUGUUUUGUAUCAUAGCUGCUCUAUCGGGGGCUGUGCCUCCUUCAUACAUGCUGUCACCUGCUGCAUGAUAAACCAAAGACUGAGAUUCAAUUUACACGCUGUACAUGUGUCUGCUGUGGCUCCAUUCACUCACUGACUUAAAGAAACAGUCUCUGUUUUUCUGAUUGUCAACACAUCACAUUAAAGGGGCAGUCUGUGAUUCUCAUCCAAA